UCUGCAAAAAAGGGAGAAACAUGCCACAAAUUAAUAUCUAGCAUCUCUGUUUACGUCUGGGUGUUGUGUUGGUCGACCACUGUAUGAUGAUGGGACUGAAAUUGAGAUGGGUGGAGCUCGUUUUGCAUGGCUGGUGCCCCGGGUGGACGGAGGAUAUUAAUUUUUAGACCAUUCCAUUGGUCCUAAGUGAAAUCUCAACCCACCUGGAGCACCUGGCAAUGCAAAACGAACUGUACCAAUGUCAGAAUUAAAUCCACACUAGUGGUUGGCCAAGAUUUGACAAUUGACAGGCCAUUGUUGGGUUAAGGAAUGGGGGAGCGCUAAAGUCUGUAGCUACCUGUUGUAGUGCAACAUUCCUCAUGUGAAUUGGUUUACUAGCCCUCCAAUCAGAUUCGUUGUUUACUAAACAUUUCUUAGCCUGCUUGUUACACACAACAAUCCAAACCCGCACUGGAAUAUACCAUUUCUGCAUCAAUUCGAUACUUUCCGCUACGUAGGUCACUACUAGUUACCCAGGCUUACUUACCAACUAUGCUAAGUACGUUAUAUUAAGUGACUAACUAGCUAGUUGGUGAACAACAUCUUUGUAGGUUAUUAUUUUAAGAUGAACGUUAUUGGGAGGCUUUCUGGCAACUCUCGUUAUCAGUUUGUUUAUAUCUGUGACACAGCUUCCACUUGUAGGAAAGUCAGUUAACUAACGUUAGGUACCCACAUUAGGGCCAGUGAUAUAGCCAAUUCUACUACAAUUCUGCUAAAUUCACUUAUGUUGGUUGUACUGUGAAACACCGUUUACAGCUGUUUUGAAUUAGAGCUAUGAGACAGUUCAAACGCUAGACAUGUGAAAGCGGAAGCUAACGUUAGCUAGCAACUAGCCAAAACGAAAAAGCUAGCCGGCUAUUUACCUAGCUACUAGUAACAACAAACAAGUAAAAGACACCAACCUAUUUAGCGAACAGUGAUUUGUUUAAUAUCCAGGUUAAAAUGUUUGUGUGCAGUUAUGCAUGUGAAUUCGUCGUUUCUAGGAAAGACUGCAUGGAAAGCAGGUAGGCCUAUUAGCUAGCUACAGUACUAUAGCUAACCAAAGCAAAAAACGAAGAAAAUACUUUCGUAUGCUAGCGGGUACUGUAACUGGCUGGCUAGCUUUGGCUUAGUAUUCAGUAGAACGAGACAAAAACUCACCCGCCAGUUAACCUGUGAAAUGUAAACUUCUUGCUUGAUCAAAUGUCCUUAUUGUUUAGAAUCCACACUUUAUAGUUUUGUUAGUGGAGGUAAAUAUACAAAAUCCGUCUGUUUUUGCUUAAACUCGAACUAGCCAGCGACGUUUAUUUCCGCUUCCUUCCAGAUGCUUUGGGUGCUGCUGCUGCUGCUUCGGCUCCUGCCUCGCGCUGUGAGCAGAGUGUCUGACCAGCCCAUAGGUCUCGUCUGCGAGCCACUUGGACCGUCUAUCGCGAUACUUUCACCUAAUAGCUAGCUGCAUAAAGCUCUGUGGUUGCAUUGCUCUUUUAAAAAACAAAUUCAAGUACAGCGAAAAUAUAUGUAUCUCUGUCUGUCACAUAACUUUGUUAUGCCUGAUGCAGCAAUAGGCAAUAUAGAUUAAAGUGUUGUUGUACUAUUUAAAACACAUUUCGUUUACAUAGCUAGUUAGAUGGUGAAAACAUAGGAAAGUGCGUCACCUAGUGGCAAAUGGCUUCCACUAUGGUCUACACACAAAAUAAUAAUGCUCACACCCUGGUGUCAAGGGACGAAAGGCAAUGAAAUUAAUGAUUGGAAUACAAAUAGCUACAUUUAAUGUCAAUGUCCCCCUAUCCUUGUGGCACGUUUUUUGUUCUUAGUUGUUGUCAAUCCAACAAACGGUGCCAUCACAAACGGGCAUCAAUCUUGACAGUGGCACUGUGUUACUUGUGCACCUAGGCACUUACAAACAGGUAUCACACAUAGCCUAUUAUUGCUACGAUGCAAAAUCAGUUGUCACUACGUGUCUCUAUGUACCCCUCCUCUUUUUCUCUGCCAUAUAGGGCAGGAUGCGAAGCCACCAUAUGAAAUGUUGGCAAGGCACAUCACUGUAAACCUCACAGGCUCUCUUCCAAGAAGUAUUCUUGUGUGAGGGAGUGCUUUGAUUAGCAACACUACUGGUGUAAAGAUAGAAGAAGAAGACCAAUUGGAUUUUGAGGAGAGGCUACAGAAAUAGAAGCAAGAAAAGAGCCCAUCCAUUUGUUGAGCUUAGUCUAACUUCGAAAUGGACUUCGAAAAUGUAUCGAAUGAGAACUGGUCUCAGACGUCUCUCCCAUCAUACAACUCACCCGAAAGUCCAGCAGAAAAUGAUGUGCCCUACCACAACAUCCUAAUGCCCAGCAUUUUCGGUGUCAUCUGUUUCUUUGGGAUUAUUGGCAACUGCAUUGUCAUCUACACCAUUGUGAAGAAGACCAAGUUCCGAGCCCAGCAGACAGUGCCGGACAUCUUCAUCUUCAGCUUGUCUUUAGUGGACCUCCUCUUCCUCCUGGGCAUGCCCUUCCUCAUCCACCAGCUCCUGGGCAACGGUUCCUGGUGCUUUGGUGACAUCAUGUGCACGGUCAUAACCGCCUUGGACUCCAACAGCCAGAUAGUGAGCACCUACAUCCUCACCGUCAUGACUCUGGACCGCUACCUGGCCACGGUCCAUCCCAUCCGCUUCAACCAUGUGCGCACACCCUGCGUGGCGGGGGCUGCGGUGGGUCUGGUGUGGGUGCUCUCCCUGGUCUCCAUCACUCCCGUGUGGAUGUAUGCUGGCCUUAUGCCCCGUGGGGACGGCUCAGUGGGCUGUGCCCUCCUGCUGCCCAAUCCAGCCACUGACACCUACUGGUUUACCCUCUACCAGUUUGUGAUGGCCUUCGCCCUGCCUCUGGUCAUCAUCUGCGUGGUGUUCUUCAAGAUCCUUCAGAACAUGUCUGCCACAGUGGCCCCCCUGCCCCAGCGCAGCUUGAGAGUACGUACACGUAAGGUGACCCGUAUGGCUGUGGCUAUAUGCCUGGCCUUCUUCAUCUGCUGGGCUCCAUACUACAUCCUGCAGCUGGCCCACCUGGGGGUUCAGAGGCCCAGCUUUGCCUUCCUCUAUGUCUACAACAUUGCCAUCAGCAUGGGUUACGCUAACAGCUGCGUCAACCCAUACCUCUACAUUUUGCUGAGUGAGACCUUUAAGAGGCAGUUCAUUGUGGCCAUCCGGCCGAACAAUCGGGUCUUCGGGUUGAACUCUGUCAUGGCUGACGGUAGUGUGAGUCUGAGACUGGCCCCAGAGUGUAAUCAUCAGUCCCAGUCCUCCAGAGACCUACUAGUACACAACAUGCUGCCUGUCACUGUGGCUGUGCACUGAGUCAGGAGCCCUAGCCGAGCCCCAUCCCUCAGCCCUAGUUCCAUGAAUCUGGGCUCUCUCUCAGCUCAGUGGGAAGUGGUGCCCCCAUCAGACAGUCAUGCUCCCAAUGUGUAUGACAGGGUUAACGUGCAAUGUAUGUAGAAAUGCUGAGUGUGUACAGUAUCUAUUUUGUACACAGCAGUACUGUGUUUAUAAGACACUUUUCCCUACAGGGACAUUCAACUUCAUCCUAUUAAUCCUAUCCUAUCAUGCUCCCAUGAAGGAACUGUGAAUACAGGGACGUUGUACUAGUAUUCAGUAGGCAAUUGAACUGUAGGCUAUUAGUAACAAUGUGAACUUUUAUAAAAGGAAGUCAGCCCACAGUUAUCAAUAACACUAUUUUGCAGUUCUGUUUCAAGUGGUAACAAUUUGUAUUUCGUUUUCUUUGAUGAUUUGACAGGUUUCCACUGCAGUUCAAUGUGUUAAAACAGGUUUCUGUGUAGAUAUGUGAUAUUCUGUGAUUCUGUCAUUGGUCCGUCCAGUCAGUGAUCUGAGAGGCAGGGAAAUCACACCUUGUCGUAAUGUCAUCUAUGUCUAUACUGGAACCUAUGUGAUGACUGUGAUCAUUGAGAAAGUUGUGACGUAUUGAUGUAUUAUUUUGGGCUAUCUUCUAAUAUGUUGUCCUUAGUCAUUUUGUAAUAUUGAAUAUGUGCAGCCUGUCUAUUACCAUGUAAUGUCUGUGAUCACCAAGGAAACCUCUAUGUUGUUAUCUUUGGGAAAAUAAUAAUGUGCUGAUGCACGAUGCAGUGUUGAAUGACUGCAAUUGAUCCAAAGGGAUUUCUAGAUGUUACAAUAAAGAAUUAAAGCAUGA